AUGACCACACCCAGCGGGGAAGCGGGAAUCCCCUUAUCCUUCUUCGUCGAGCUAGUGAACGCCAUAGCGAAGAUAAAGCCGCACAGGGCGUCGGAGAAGCAGCCACCGGACACCCGAUACCUCGAUACACCAGCAUACAAGACUUUCAAGCGAUGGGUGGCAGCUCUGUAUGACCGGCAUUCGCCAAUACCACCAGAUACUACCACAAUCGUGUUCCGGUUCCUGUUCCCGGAAGAAGACGGCCGUCGGAAAUUUGGCAUGCAAGAGGCUCAUUUGGCCCAGCAUCUUGUCAGAGUACUUGGAGUGUCAAGCGCUACGGAUGGUAGGGGAGAACGGCUCAAGAACUGGAACGAUGAGGGUGCUAUUGGAUGUCUUGGUGACGAGGUUUCCGCCGUCAUGGCUGCGACGGACCAUUCACAAGCUUCCACCACAGCUGUCUCUCUCAACCAGAUUGAUGCGCUUCUCACCGAACUCGCAUCCAAGUGCGCUUUCUCGGACCACUCUGUACGCGCCUCAUUCUCCGUGGCUGCCCCCGGACGGACCCGGGAGGCUAUCCUGACCUCUAUAUAUGCGUCGUUGACGCCUGCGGAGGGUGCGGUUGUGACUCAGAUCAUCUUGAAGGACCUUCGACCUCUGCUCUACCCGUUGCCUCUGUCCGCCACCCACUACACGGCUGCGUUGCUGCAGUACAAAAGUAAUGCGGUCACGAUGCUCACCAAGGAGGCCGCUAUGCACGCUUGGGAUCGCACUGGCCGCAUGUCGCUGAUCUUCAAGAGUCGGGCGAACUUGGAGGAUGCUGCGCGGACGUUCGAGAGCCUCAAAGCCGGCGAGUCGCUACCUGCGCCCGCUUUUGGAACCCCAGUCCAGGUCGGUGGUGUGUGCAUCCCCAAAUGUGUCAAAGGCCAAGGCGCAGCUCAAGCAUUGCGCGUCAUGAAGGGCGCGGAUAAGGUCUGGGUUGAAUCGAAGUAUGACGGAGAACGCGCACAGAUCCAUGUACGAGUCGAUGAGGACGGUCUGCCUUGCAUCAAGAUUUUUAGCAAGAGUGGCAGAGACUCUACUCUCGACCGCGCAGGUGUCCAUGGGAUCAUAUGCGAUGCCCUAGGUCUCCCCCGACCAUCGAGCAUGUCUGCGGGCGGAGUCAGGCCAUCCACGGGAAUGGAACCUUCAAUCACGAAGGACGUCAUACUUGAAGCUGAGAUGGUUGCGUUCUCGGAGACACUUGGUCGUAUCGACGAGUUUUGGCGUAUCAGAAGUCUUAUUGCUAGCACCGCCAUAGGGGUGCGUCAUAGGACACCCCUUCCAGUGCUUUCUUCUACUCAGGAUAUGAUGAAUUCUCAACAGUCGCUCGUCUCAAAUGGCUCGGAUGGCGGUACCCGACACCUCGCCCUGGUCUUCUUCGAUAUACUCUUGCUCAACGGUGUCUCGCUCCUUUCAAUCCCCUACGCGGAAAGGCGCAACAUCCUCGAGCGAACGCUACAUCUCUCCCCCGGAUAUGCAAUGUUUGCGGAGAGAACCUGCAUCGAUAUGAGACACACAGAUGCGGAGGAACCGCUCAGAAGAGCUUUCGCGAGCCUCAUCGCUGACCGUCAGGAGGGUGCCGUUCUCAAAGCUGACGCAGCUACAUACAAUGAGAGACGGUGGCCUUGGGUCAAGCUUAAGCGUGACUACAUCAGCGGUCAUGGUGAUACCGUUGAUCUCGUCCUCGUUGGUGCGUCUUGGGAGAAAGACCGAGCUCGGGAACUGCGUGUGCCACCUGCCGCGUACACCACGUUCUACUUUGCGGCGCUAGCGAAUGCCGAUAUGAUCAGCACGGACCCAUCCCACAAGCCUUGUUUCGAAGUCAUCUUCAACUCGUCAUAUGGAUUGAGCCGCGAAGGGCUUGAAGAGCUCAAUUUUAUGAUCAAGAGCUCUGAUCCUAUUCCGUGUCGACCUCAGCAAGCCAUCGAGGGAUUGCCAUACAUCUAUAAUCUAUCCCCUAGACUCUCUCCUCCUGCAGUCUUCCUCCAACGACCGCUCUUAGCGGAGCUCUUCGGUGCCGGCUUCACGAAAGCACAAGGCAAUAUGUUCUAUGAACUGCGCUUCCCCCGCAUAUUUAAAAUCUACCGCCCCUCCGACCGGCCAUGGGUUGAUGGCACGAGCCUUGCCGAGUUCCAGCACAUCGCUCGUGAAGUCGUCGGUCGCGAUCGUCCAGGCAAGGCGGAGGACGACUGGGUCAAGAGGACGUUCCGUCCAGACGAGCCGACAUCCCCGGGCGUGCGCUGCCCGAGGAAGCGCAAGCAGGUGGAGACGCUAUGGAUCGAGAAGCUAGAGGUGGUCGACGGAAAGGCGAGUGGGAGGGGUAGCCCAACGAAGAGGGCGCGGAUUCAAGGGCCAGCGCCGACGCGCAAGUCAGCAAAAACGGAGAAUGUGGCUCAAGGGCAGAACGCAGAGAACUUGGACAGGCUUGGGGGCGCCAAGGGUCUCAGCGUGAGACUCGGAUCGUCCCGGCUAGGCUCCGUGACCAAUGUAGCCGCGUCCCAUUCUCCCCUGCGACAGACGUCGGGGCUCACGACAUCCUCGCCUUCGCCUUCGCCUUCGCCUUCGCCUUCGCCUCCCUCCGCCCUGGAGCAUAACCCCGCGCAUCAAUCUGCAGCGUAUCUACCACAUCCAGCAAAUGGUCUGAAAACACCCCAGUCUUCCCCUCGUCAGGCAGUAUUACAAGACCCUUUCCCGCCUUCAAAACAGUCACAUGGAGUCAUUCAGAGGAUGGCCACAGAAGCAAUUUCAGAUGAUUCCCCUGCUCUCCCGCCGUCUACGUCCAAGCCGCGGUCGGGGAAGGACGGCUCUCAGGUGGUUUUAUCCGCGAUCCCCUCUACACUUCAUCAGUACCUACAAGAUUCCGUUGUCUGGAUGGCGCGACCUUCUGGGACCCCUCGCCCACUGUGGAGAGCCCCGUCGCAUGCGGUUAUACCCACCGGUAGCCAUGUCAACACCCUUGACGCGGUUGCCGUUGCUUGUGGCUGGGUUGAUGUCGGACCCUGUCACUGGGCAAGGCGGGGCGUCAUCUUCAUCGACGAUUCUGAAUGCGACCAGGGAUGCGUACCUCAGGUACUCGCGGAGCUUGCGAAGCGUAGGGCGGUACUGUCGGACGAAGACAACGCGGGGAACGUGCGACCUAUUCUCGUGUUUUCCACGAAGAUGUUAGCCUACGAUGUGUUGGAUCGAGCGUUGACGGUGGAGGAUCUGGAGGCUCGUGCAAUCUGUAGGUUCGGUUGAACUUGCAGGAACAAUAUCCUUAUUCCAUCAUAUAUAUGCGGACGUCCCUAAGCUGGUCCCCACUUGGGUAGGAUCGUCGCUAAC